AAGGACAAUCCACCACGAGGCCUUCGUUAUUUGACGGAACGAAUUACACGUAUUGGAAGGAGCAGAUGACGAUUUACAUGCAAUCCAACAACUUUCUCCUAUGGAGAAUUAUCAGGAAUGGCGAGAAAGUGCCCAUGAAGAAAGUCAGGGAAACCACCGUUCCCAAAACCGAAGAUGAAUGCGAUGCGCAGGAUAUCAAGAAAAUAGAGAACAACGCCAAGGCUAUCAACAUUCUCUAUUGCGCAGUAAAUCCGGUUGACUACCGGAAAAUCUCAUGUUGUUCCACCGCCAAGGAAAUAUGGGACAAGCUAGGAAUCACAUAUGAAGGUACAGAUCAAGUCCGAGAAGCUAAGAUAGAUUUUCUAACCCAUGAAUAUGAAUUGUUUCAUAUGAAGGAGAACGAGAAAAUCGACGAUAUGUUUGAACGAUUUUCAAAAAUCAUAAACGAUCUUCAUGCCCUCAAGAAGACAUACACAGACAAAGAACUCGUAAGAAAAAUCCUAAGAAGCCUCACAUCGGAGUGGCGUUCCAAAGCCGAUGCCAUUCAAGAAUCUAUCGACAUCACCAACGUCACCAUCGACGGGCUUAGAGGUAAUCUCAAAACCUAUGAGUCUACCAUUCUUUUCUCCUCUCUAGGUGAACAAAAGAAGAAUGGGAUCGCCCUCAAGGCAUCCACCAACCAAGAACGUGAUGUGGAGGACUCGAGUGAUGAAGACGAAUUUGGGGUCGUGUCCGUCCCACGAAUUUGGGGUCGGGUUAUGGAACAACAUGAGAUUUUCCGGUAGUCAACCGGAUUUACUGCGCAAUAGAGAAUGUUGAUAGCCUUGGCGUUGUUCUCUAUUUUCUUGAUAUCCUGCGCAUCGCAUUCAUCUUCGGUUUUGGGAACGGUGGUUUCCCUGACUUUCUUCAUGGGCACUUUCUCGCCAUUCCUGAUAAUUCUCCAUAGGAGAAAGUUGUUGGAUUGCAUGUAAAUCGUCAUCUGCUCCUUCCAAUACGUGUAAUUCGUUCCGUCAAAUAACGAAGGCCUCGUGGUGGAUUGUCCUUCACCUAAACCUGCGUAUAAGUUUUGAGUAGAAGCCAUUGAUCGUUUCUCUCAAACGGUUAAGUCUUUUAGAGAGUAUGGCUCCGAUACCAAUUGUUAGAAUAUAUGCCCAACGCUAGAGGGAGGUGAAUAG